UGCAGCGUUACACGGGAUGAUCCAUCGAUUUGCUUGGUUAGCCUUACGUGACAUAUAAUACCGGCUUAUUACAUGUUCAGAUCGACUUGUCUUUAAAUUCUGACAUUAAACUUGGUAUUUUACAAGUUUUCACACAGGUUUCUUUUGGUUGAAAGGGAUUUCUAGAUAAGGAAAAAAUAAUGUCUUGGGAUAGCUACCUUGAUAAUUUGUGUGCACAAACAAAAGAUGCUUCAGGUGCGGAACACUGUGAUAAAGCAUGCAUCAUUGGGCUAGACGGUGGGGCUGCCUGGACAACGGCUGGGCAUGGCAAAGCUCUAAAGCUGUCGCCGGAAGAGUCUGCAAAAAUAGCUAGUUGUUUCAAAAGUAAGGAUUUUGGGCCUUUUAUGUCUGGUGGAAUCUUUGCAGAAGGUACUAAAUACCAAUUUUUAAGGGAAGAAGAUGGUAAAUUGGUUCUGGCCAAAAAGAAAGAUUGUGGGUCAUUAAGUAUACAAUGUUCAAAAACCGCUAUAGUAGUUGCCCACACCAAAGAGGGCGGUCAGCAGGGAAAUUCCAAUAAAGGUGUGGCAGUUAUUGCGGAUUACCUAGAAUCAUUGGGUAUGUAAUGAAUGGACCAACAAUUCCAAUAUUAGGACAUUUAUGUCAUAUGAUAUGCUCACACUGUGUAAACUGUUUUAUUAUGAUAAUUGACCAAAACAUGCUAUAACAUUAGUAUAAUUCCGAGCUCUACUCUGGUUCCAGUAGCAAUCUUGAGGAGGUCAUAAAGUAAUUCGUUUGUUAGAUUGAAUUACAGUGUUUGGUAAUUAAAACCACCAUUUAAAGACCUUUCAACAGUGACUUUUAAAAGUUAUUCUGGUAAUUAAAGCCAUCAUUUAAAGAACAUUCAACAGUGACGUAAGCUUAUUCCUUGGACAGCAAAAAGUGCUUGUGUGUAUGCAAUUUUCAUUAUUCUUACCGUUAACAUAUAUUCUAAGGCGAAAAUUAAAUUGAUAGACGGACUAUUUUCUACACAAUGAUACUAUACAUAUGUGCAUAUAUCUAAAGAUGGAAAAUAUGUGUUAUUUCUAUACUAUUAAUAGUGGUAUAACUUGCAAUCUAGUGACUAUAACUUGAGAUAUCUGAUGUUAAGUUUGUUUUAUCUGAUGCAAAAAUGAAAACAAUUUAGCGUAUAUAAAUUACCAAACUUAUUAUUAUAUUCCAUGUUGAAUUUCUUUUUGAACGUGUGUAGCUCAUUGUAUGGGUUCUUUAUACUAUAUAUCAUAUUCCUAAAUCUCCUUAGUAUAUUCACCAUUUUCUUUUGCUAAGGUCCGGUAAUUAAUAAACACAGUGCGCUGAAUUUUGAGCUAAAAAUAGCAGCAUUUGCUCAAGUCUUGCGGAAGGGAACUUUUGUUUUACUUCUACAUCGGUCAUAAAAUAAUUUUGAAAGUCUUUACUAAGUAUUUGAAUAUAUGGAGUAGAUAAGGGUGUUUUUUAUCUGUUAAAGUGGAUGUUGCUAUUUUUAGCUUAUAAGCACAUGUAUAAAUACAUGAUUUUUGUUAAGAGGACCAUUAAGUAGUUUGAAUGUUUAAAUUAUGUGGAAAUUGAAAAUGUUGUUAAUAUUACCGGACUAGGCUUCUCUAGAUCUGAAAAAUGAAUAUUGCAUAUUAUGCCAAUAAACCAAUAAAAUUCA